GUUUCACCAACGGAGGUGUUCGAUAUCGGCGAGAAGAGUGGGGUAUAUCUCACUCACACACGUUCUACCCAGUAUGAGACCUCGGGUGAAAUACUAACCAUGUUGUCUCGGCGGUCGGUCAAUUGAAUUCGGAUUUUUGGUCGCUGUAUAAUUUCGAUUGAACCAUAAUGACAUUUUGCUACUAUCACUCAGGUGACACGUGAAACUGUGAAAAACGUCUUUUAAAACAUUGAACUUCUCAUUGACUUUAGAAAAUCUGCAAAUGUAAUUGAAUUUUGCAACCUCUAAUUCGUGAUUUCCCUCAUUGAUAUCUCGGUCAAAGUGAGAAACGUCAAAUGAGAUCGUGAACUAAUGCUGGACCAGCUGCAAUUUCCAGUGUUUAGUACUGUUGUAUAUUUGGAAUUACGAGAUUAUUUGUUGUCUUAGAGUAUAAUCGCAUGGUCCAUUUCACCUCCUUCAUUGAACGUAAUUUGAUUAACGAAUUAAAAACAUAAAAAAACAUAAAUGUCAUGAUGAAGGAGCUGGAACACAGUGAGGCCCCGGGCACCCGUACGCUCAAGUCUCUCCUUAAAAAACCUGGCCAGAGUAAACAGCGCACACACAAGAAUCGCGUUGUAAUUAACGAAAAAUUGAAUGAAUUCUUUGCUGCUGAUUACAUAAUCCUCAUCAAAGAAGAGUGUUGUGCAGAUUAUGAAGAAGAGUGUGACUGUUGUUGUCAAGAGACUGAACUGAUACGAGUGGGUAAUUGCAAAGAGUGUAGAGCUGAAUUGUCGAGGCAUUUGGCAAGUGGAAUUGAUCCAUAUUAUGGCAUGAAUAGACAUGGACAUAUUGCUACUGAUGAUAAUAAUCGUGAAAAAAGUAUUAAUAGUGAAGAAUCGCAGUAUGAGGAUGAGGAGGAAGAGGAGUAUGAAGAAGAAAUUGGUGAUUAUGAAGAGGAGGCUGACUCCUCGGAGGAGCCGGUAGUGGGAGAGUGUGGUGAUAAAACACCUAGUAAUUCACAGUCUCAGCAACAGGAAACUCUAAGUCCACCUGAGGGUUAUAAGGAUGUCUGCGACGAGGAUAAACCCUACGAGGUGUUGGGCGAUGAACAAAUGUGUCUGGGAGCUAUCUGCGGUGAGUGCAAUUAUCAACAGCGCGCCUUAGGUAAGUCGCCCGGUUCCUCAGGUUACUCUAUGCUAUUGGUUCUCCUUUGAAUGGAAGGGGUCCCUCCUGUUGUGAUGUAUGUUUAGAUUACAGGUAUCGGAGAAGGGGAGACUGUAGAUUAUGGUAGGAAGUUCGGAGUUUCCGUCAGUUCAUGAGGUAUAAUUGAGGGAAGAAGGAGAGUGAAAGAAGUGAGAAGUAGGGAGAAGUUCACUUGGUACAGGUGUUACUGGGGGACUCAUUUCAUACUUAAAGUGGGGAGGAAUUUGGUCAUUAAGAGAAGACCGUGGUGAAAACUAGAACUUGUCGAGUAUUGAACAGAUGACUGUUAAGGUUUAUAAUACAACGUAUCAGUGCGAAAAAGGAACAUUCCCGAUCGAGACAAGCAGGAGACAACAACUAUGUUCCAGACUGCAGAACAACCCUAUUCGUACGACCUAUACCUGGCAGAUGUCAUCAGCCACUCCCGAUUAAGCUCCAGACCAACCAACACCAACCGGAGACAAGUCUCUUAUGCAACUCGUACGAGGGGGACGUAAUUACUGUACCCAAGACCUAGCUGCUGCCCGUAUCGAGAACGGUACCUCGUCUAACA